AUGGCGGGUUUAGGAGUGGUUGCGAUGUACGGAAACAACGCAAUUGCUAAGAGCAAGAAGUUAUCAUUCUCCGUCAAAGUGGAUCUCGCCCAAAUGUUUCACAGCAAUGUGAUUAUGGACAUCGUCAAUGACCAGCAAACCUAGGUCAUGGAGAAGGCCGGCGCAUGCGCCAUCAUGGCCCUAAAGCUUGUUCCCGCUGACAUUCGCGCCCAAGGUGGCAUCGCCCGAAUGUCCGACCCGCAACUCAUCAAAGAAUCAAGCAGGCUGUGA